UCACUUUCCGCUAGAUGAGCCCAACAUCAACUCUUUUUUCGCGUAGAUGAAGUAGCGUAAGCGUGGCUAAUCAAGGUACAAAGAGGAAAAUGAGCAGCUCAGAGGAGGUAUCAUGGAUUUCAUGGUUUUGCGGACUUAGAGGAAAUGAAUUCUUUUGCGAAGUGGAUGAGGAUUAUAUACAAGAUAAAUUUAACUUGACGGGCUUGAAUGAACAAGUACCGCAUUACAGGCAAGCUCUUGAUAUGAUACUAGACUUAGAACCCGAUGAUGAACUUGACGAUAAUCCCAACCAAUCUGAUCUUAUUGAACAAGCUGCUGAAAUGCUUUAUGGAUUAAUACACGCCAGGUACAUUUUGACAAAUCGGGGAAUUGCUCAAAUGAUUGAAAAGUACCAGUCUGGGGAUUUUGGGUAUUGUCCCCGUGUGUAUUGUGAAUCUCAGGCAAUGCUACCUUUGGGCUUGUCUGAUGUACCUGGUGAGGCGAUGGUCAAGUCAUACUGCCCUAAAUGUAUGGAUGUGUAUACACCAAAAUCAUCAAGACACCACCAUACAGAUGGGGCUUACUUUGGGACAGGUUUCCCUCACAUGCUUUUCAUGGUACACCCAGAGUACAGACCAAAGCGUCCAACAAAUCAAUUUGUUCCUAGGUUAUUUGGUUUUAAAAUUCAUCCACUUGCUUACCAAUUGCAACAACAAGCAGCGUCAACUUUUAAGGCCCCUUUGAGAAGUUUGAAUUUUAAUAAUGGUAAACGUUAAUUUCGUAUAAAAGUUGUAUACAUUUGAUUUAAUUUAUUUCUACCCCAAAUUUGUGUAUUCUUGUAUGUAUGAAAUUAAAUUUUGUUUUUCUUUCAUACUUUUGUAUGGCGUUAAUAUUGCAUAAGGUUCAUUAUGUGCAAAAAUUCCAUCAUUUUAUAAAUAGGGUUCAAUGUAUAAUAAAUUUCCCAGUUUUUGUUAUAAAUGUAAGGAUAGUUUGAUUUAGAAGCGUCACCGGUUUCGUGUAAGUUAUACAAAUUAACUAGCAGUCAAGUUUGUAAAUAACUGAUUAAAAAAUUCAGAUAAAAUCCGUGAGUCAUGCCUGAGCUUAAUUAGUAAAUAGAGUGGUCAAAAAUCUGAAUUUUUUCAAUCAUACGGCGUAUUCUAAGAUGUAUAAAUAACACAUUUUAAAUAAAACAUAGGAAGUAAACUAAGUUUUGUAUCUUUCCUGAAGAUAAUCAGAAACCAAGUCUCAAACUGAAUUAAGUUGUAAAUUUACAUGUUAUCUAAGUUAAAAAAUAAAAUCUUCUGUUUUCAA